AUGCCGGCCGGCACGCUGCUGGUAGUUGGUGGGUGGGUAUUCUCUCCGAUCAUCAAGGAGCUCAUCGGCGAGGUGAGAUCCUUGCUGAGCAGCAAGUACUCGAGCUUCAAACAUUUGGCCAAGCACCUCCGUCAGCUUGUAGAUGUCCUGGAGGAGAUGACCACGACCGUCGAGACCGUGCAGCAGCAGGGUCAACUGCGGCGCGCCGACGACGACGUCUCCGCCGGCGGCGGGACGGACAACUGGGUGGGCCGGCUCGUGGACGCCAUCCACGAUGUGCGGUCCGUCCUGGACGACUUCACCUACGACGACAUCGUCAAGUCCAACUUGCGCGACAACAAGGUCGCUCAGGUUGCUCACUCCGUGGCGAGAGCCGGCCGACGGCUGAUCGGCAGGGACAAGAAGCGGGAGUAUGGCCGGCUCGUCUGGGCUUUACUCAACGUCAGCGACGAGCCCAGCAGUAGCAGCAGCAACAAGAAUGUCGUGGCGGUCAUCGGCCACAGCGGCACCGGGAAGACCACGAUCGCUCGGCGGGCAUGGCAUGACAAGAGCAUCAACAACAAGCACUUCGAUCUGAUGGUGUGGGCGAGCGUUCCAUACAUGUUCACCCAGACCGACCUGUUGACUGAGAUCUGGAGGUCCAUCCCCGGAUCAAGCGGCGUCGACGAGAAGUGCCCCGCCACGGAGAUGAGCUUCGGCAUGCUCCAGCAGGCGGUCCAAGGGCUGGUCGCCUCUAGGAGGUACUCCCUCCGUUCCGAAUUACUUGUCUUGGAUUUGUCUAGAUACGGAUGUAUCUAG